CUGUGAGCCAAGACGCCGACAUCGCCUCACCUGGAGCGUCUGCGUGAACUGAAUUAUGAUGAGGAUAUUAUUUCUCUGUGCACAUUUUUCGACGAAAGGGAGAAGCAGCAGAGCUGAGCUAAGAACAAGUUUCUCUUUCAUCCCAGAAAGAACAUAAAAGCAGCUUCAGCUCAAAGGACAAACAGGUUUUUCCACUGAAUUGCCAUUCCACCAUGUGGUAAUCUUCUUGACGCUACCCAAAAGACAGUGAACCACACUCUGAGCAGCUAGCCUCCUCAUCCCUCUUGCACCUGCAGCAGCUGCUCUCAUGGCCCACCCUUAUGAGCCGUGGUUACGGACGGCACCACCUAGUGGCAACUCAGAAGACAUGAACAUCCCCUCCUGGUGGGACCUCCACAGAGAUGUCCAACCAGGGAGCUGGAUAGACCUGCAGACAGGGCAGGGGGUGGGCCUGCCUUCAGUGAGUCAAGGAAGCUCCAUGGGGUUGCAGCCAUCCUUGGGGCCAUACGGCUCUGACCCUCAGCUAUGCGCCCUGCCUCCUGCACAACACGCCCCACCCUCACACUCAUCUCACCUCUAUCCUCAAGAUGGCUUCAAGAUGGAGCCCCUGGCCCCUGAAAUGCUGCAGCAAGAACCGUACUCCCUGGAGGAACCCCAGGAGAAUCCUGUCUCGGCCCGACCAAAGCCACAGCGCCGCUCUUCUUCCAGAGGUGCUGGCCAGGCCGCUUGUCGCUGCCCAAACUGUGUCCACGCUGAGCAGCUUGGCCAGAGCACAGACGACAGCAGGAGGAAGCACAUGCACAACUGUCACAUCCCUGGCUGUGGCAAAGCCUACGCCAAGACCUCCCAUCUGAAGGCUCACCUACGAUGGCACAGCGGGGACCGGCCAUUUGUCUGCAACUGGCUCUUCUGCGGCAAGAGAUUCACACGCUCUGAUGAACUGCAGCGCCACCUCCAAACCCACACCGGCGCCAAAAAGUUCAGCUGUGCAUUGUGCCCUAGAGUGUUUAUGCGCAAUGACCACCUAGCCAAGCACAUGCGCACACACGAGUCUCCACCAGGACACGGGGAGGAGAGGGUGAAUGGAGACGGAAGGAUGGAGAAGAGCUUUGAUGCUGCUACACCUCCUCAGUCCUCUUCAAAUGUGUCUGGGUCUGAUGUCACAGAGCCUCCUCUGAAGCUGAAAUGUGAGACAGAUCCCUCGGUCUCCAGUGUGACGGGACAGUCCGGCUAAUUUCAGCAGGAUACAUUUUUGCAGUUAAAGGUUUACCAUUUGUUGCCCUCGCUGUCACAGAGGUGCCAUAGUUUUACAUUAGAAUAGAAAUUAAAAAACAGGUUUGGAGGAACUUUUACUGAUGAAAGUUGGGUUGAACAGAAAGGUUCUGGUUGUUGCCCCGUGAAUUUAUCAACCAGGUUAACGAAGUUAUAAUCGAAAUGUUUUAGCACACAGAAAUAGACGAGAGUUUACUGACCCUGUGGAUAAAACUUUCCUCUGGUUACCAAAAGGGAAAAGUGACUAUGGAGGCAGCCAGGCUGAAGCUGCAGCUUGUUGCUGGACUACCACUGCUGCUAAAGCUCCGAGUAGACCAAGAGACCAGUUCGAUUUCAACUGAAGGUGGCUUUUAAUUUGUUUACAGUGAAAAUAAUCAAAUAUGUAACUGGAAGAGUUGGACAAAUAUUUGUUUCCAACAGAAUUUCAAAGGCAGCAGGCUUAUGAGUGGAGGCUGAGUGCCACCGCGGGUGUGUAGCCUACUGCAUAAGUAGUGAUGCAACACUGGAAUAUAACAGAGCAUUCUGUCUUUUUUAAAGGUCAGUAGUCAUUUGGAUGGUAGACAGCUCAUACCACAAACUGGGUGUGUGUCUAUGUUCGUACAUAUGUAAUUAAAAUGGUACAAACAAAGAAUGUGCAACAGACACUGAGGCUGUGCUGUGGUGACGUGAUGACUGAGAUUAUGUAAUGAUCACAUAAUACUAUAAGAUAACAUAAUGAAAUAUUAUAUACUUUAAUAUAAAAAAUGAGAAUUACAUGCACUACAAUUGCUUGUAUUUACCAAAUACGGUGUGUGGUAGCUUUGAUGGUUAAAUACUUCAUAGGGAUGACUAGUGUAGGAGAACGUGAACAUUGGUUUCAGUUGUAAACAAUGCGAAGAAGCAUUGAGUGCAACAAUGAUGUGAAAAAUCAGUUAAUAACAGAUUAAACCAAUGAGUGAUGCUCUCCACCCUCAGCUGGUAAAGACGUUAAAGCUGAGUCUGUUGCUCUGCUGAAGGCGAUUAUAUUUGAAAUUUACACAAAUCCACUGUCAACAUUGCAGGCUGCUGGUGCUAAGUGAAACUUCCUGAGAGCUUUCUUGACACCAGUUACAUUUCUUAGUGUUGAAAAAGUUUGUUUGCUAAGCUGCACUUAAAGCUCCCGUGAGGAACUUUGGUUUAUGUACAUUUUGGCGCCCCCUGUGGACAAGCUGGUACCUCUUAUCUCUUAAAUAUUCUUGUCCCAAACCUUGUCUAAGUUAUGUUUCUAUUGAAAGAUUUCAUCCUGCCAUCUUCUAUGGGUCAACUGUGUCACUCACUGUGAUCUUUUGCUGGGGAAAAUAUAAUCAAAGACUGUUUUGAAUGUGUGUUAUUUAACUCUAUAUCUGCCGACUACCACACUGUAGCAGUAUCCAGCAUUAAAAGUAACAAACAGAAUUCAUUUAUCUAGUCUAUUAUGAUCUUGUUUGCUUUUUUAGCUCAUAGAGAUGUAUCAUUAUUCAUUUUAUGAGUUAAAUCAGAAGUUAUCAUUACUUUAUUUAUGCAGUGGGUCAAUUAUUUAAAUGGAGAGAAAAAUCAUCCUUUUCGGAUUUCAAGCUCCUUGUCAGAUUUACAUUUUCUUUCACCUUGCAGUAAAACCCAAAGUUCAACAUUAUUUUUAACAUUUUGAAUUAAGUGUUAAAACUGUACUGUAUUCCCAGAGCAAAAUAAUGAUGAUCAUAAUAAUAAUGGCAUAACAUCUCUCUUAUUUUGGACAACAUAUUAAAUGUAAUGCAACGCUGCCAAACUUGAGAAAAAUCUUUCAACUACUCCUUACCUCCUUACACCUACAUCUACUGCUGUUACAGUGAAUAAUAACUCUGCAGCUCCCCUCACUCCUCAUUAGUAUGCACAAAAUGCAAACCAGUGUACCUUAAAUUUGUGCAGUAGAUGUUGAACAGUUCUUCAAAACUCUGCCAUCUGAUACUAUUUGCAACAUGGAUCAAGCUGUAGUCUCAUUCAUAAACAAUGUGUGAAGGGCUUAUCACUCAACGCAUUUUAUUAUCACUUGUUGUUAGUGUGUCAACAGUUCUUACAUGUCAGCUUACAAAAACCAAAUCAUUAAACCAAAAUACUUUUUAAAAUAUGAAACCAUGUUGCUCUGAGUUAGCAUGCAGAGAAAAUUAGCAGUGUAGCUGAAUACACUUCUGUUGAGUGACACAGUUCUUUAGCUCACUAGUUUGAAAUAGCUGACUUUCAUGAUCAAUAUUAUGUGAUCAAUAGUUCUGUAGUAGGCAGUGUGAAGGGCUUUACAGUUUAAAACAAUGUUUAGGAUUUGUGUAAACCAUCACAGACAUUAGGCUGAGAUUUCUAUAUAGUAGAGCUUGCAAUGUUGUAGGCUUGUUUCUGUAUUUAUGUAUAGAGGAUAAUAAAAGGGAAUACAGUGCUAGUCAAUUAUUAUUUAUUGACUAUGAUAAAAUAUUUUGUUAUUAGAGAUAGUCUUUUCUUUUGGUCAGUUAAACCAUAUGGUCUUUUUUUGAUU